AUGAAUCAAUAUCGUCAGCUUCCACCACAAUGGAACAACAGCAACCCUAGUAUGAUGAAUCCUGCUGCUACUCAGCCUAUAUCGAGGCUCCCAGGUUAUAACAUCCAGUCAGCCAGCUAUCAUCAAAUGAUGGAAAAUCAACAACAGCAGCAACCUCAGGCUCAGCAGCAGUUUCAAUAUAGCUAUCAACCUACAUCUUACCAAACCCAGGCUCAAGUACAAGCACAGCAAUCACAGCAACAACCCAUCUCUACGUCCAAUAGACUCUGGCAACAGCAACAAGUGGCUUCCCAACAGGUCCCUACCUCUUCUACUACUACGGCAAAUGCUGCCUUUUUGCUUUCUGACAACACUUAUGCUGGAAACACUGGGACUUCUGCCGCAGCGGGUUCUACUACAGGAGCGUACGAUACCCAAGCGACUAAUCGGUCUAAUACUGUGACUGGUCUUAGUCGACAAUCUCCUUCAGCUGGUGUCUAUGGGUUUGCUACCGGGUCUGAAAAUCAGUCUUCUUCUAGCGGUACGACUGGUAAUGCGUCUCAUUUACAAUAUUUUAUGAAUAGCGGUACCACUGCUGCAACUCCUGGAGCUACCAACACCGGUGGUUAUUACGGAACGCCACAACUGCCGCUCCCAGGUGCCCAAAGUAGGCCGAAUGCUAGUGGGCAAACUUCGACGAGUGCUACUGGUGCUAAUUCUGCCACCUCAGGUACACCAUAUGCUCAUCAUUACCAACCUAUUCCCAGUGCUAGACAGUCAUCUCCCCAACAGCACGCACAGCAGCAAGCCCAACUCCAUCAACAACCUCAGAUUCAGCGCCAACAGUUGCCUCAACAGCAGCAACAGCAACAACAACAACAGCAGCAGCAGCAGCAGCAGGCUCCACAACCGCCUCAAUACCAACAGCCGACUAGCACAGCUUAUGUGGAUGAAAUUGCUCUAGGAAUACAACGAGGAAGGCAUCACCAGCAGCAACAGCAGCAGCAGCAACAACAGCACCAACAUCAAAUCCAGCAGCCACAGUCACAGCCUCAAUUGCAACAUCAGCACCAGCAUCAGCACCAGCUUCAGCAACAUCAAUUACAACAGCACCAGCUUCAACACCAACAACAACAGCAACAGCCUCAGGCUCAGGCACAGCAGGCUCAUCAAGCUCAGCAUUUGCAAACUCAAGCUCCAAAGGCUAAUGAAGAAGAGCCUAAGGCCAAAAGAGCCAGGACUAGAAAGAGGCCUACCAAGAAAGAGUUACUGGCUCAAAAGGCAGCAGAAGAAGCAGAGGCUCAAGCCCAAUUGCAGGCCCAACAACAGGCUCAGCAGCAGGCUCAACAACAAGCUCAGCAACAUGCUCAGCAACAAGCUCAGCGCCAGGCCCAACAGCAGCAUGUGGCUCAACAUGCUCAACAGCCAGAAACUGAUGCCAAACCUGGUUUGGAGUCUGAGCCAAAGGUGGGCUCCACGAAUAUUGACCAUAUGAUGUUGAUCAUUCAAGCACAAAACAAGGUUGCUGAGAAAGUCGCCAAAGGAGAGAUUAACGAUCCAUCUAAGCUCGACGAAAAGCUGUUGAUGCCAUCUAAAGGUAGCAUGAAUGGUGGUGUAGGCAAGCGGUCUAAUGAUACUCUUUUGAAGUACAGAUGUUCAUAUCCUGAUUGCAAUAAGUCUUUCAGUCAAAAAACGCAUCUUGACAUUCACGGCCGUUCGCACACUGGAGAAAGACCAUACUUAUGCGACUAUCCUGGCUGUGGUAAGACGUUCUCCCAAAGAGGAAACCUAAGAACUCAUCGUCGCUCUCAUACUGGUGAGAAGCCCUACGAGUGUGAUGUUUGUGGCCGCCAGUUUGCCCAACGAGGUAAUUUCCGUGCCCAUAAACUCAUCCAUGAGAAUUAUAGACCUUUUGUGUGUAAGCUCGAUUCCUGUAACAAGAGUUUCACACAACUGGGAAAUCUCAAAGCCCAUCAAAACAAAUUCCAUGCAGAUAGUGUAGCUGCUCUCGCACAAAAGUUCAAAUUUUACAGCACAAUUGCAAUUGAAAGAAUUCCUCGUGAAGACCUCGAAUUAUUCAAGUACUUCGGUGAAUUGUAUAAGAAUGCCAAUCGUGGUAUCAAGGGUCGGGGUAAGGAUGUUAAAAUUAUACGAGAUCCUUCACUACAAACACAAAGUAAGCCUAGUAGGUCUGAACAACGGAAGCAACAAACUACAUCAACGCAAGCUAAACAGGAACCUGCUCCACAACAGCAACCUCAGGUGCAACAGCUUACGCAACAGUUGCCUCAACAACCGGCACAACAGCAGCAACCGCAACAGCCCCAAUCACAGGCAGGUCAGAUCUCACAACCAUCGCAGGUCUCUCAUCAAAUUCCGAGCCAUCAGGCUCAAGUGCCUUCGCAACCGGGCCAAUUACCUGCUGGACAAUUACCGCCUCAGUAUUAUCAGUCCCAAGCGCAAAAUCCUAUGCUAGGACCUUCACUCUUCCCAGGAGACACCUUUCAUAUGGGAUAUUAA